UCGGUCAAGCUUGGCGACUCAGGAUGUUCCCCCUCGCGGCUGCGCUGGCUGCGUCCCUCGUCCUCGUGACAUCGGCACAGAAUGGAAAUUCAUACUUCUUCGAGUGCCAGGCCGAAGGAAGGUUCCCCCACCCGAAGGACUGCAGCUCCUACGUGGACUGCGUGCUGAGUCCUCUCGGCCACUUUCUCCAAAUCAAAGACAGCUGCAAUGGGGGCUCGUACAACGAACAUCUAAAGACCUGCGUUUCCGACAAGGAGUGCAAGAACUCGUUCCGUCGGGGCCGAGCCCUGAUAUCGGACCACACUUACCAGCACAUGUGUUCGGAAGGAAACGGUUUCCUUUGUGCCGACUGCAUGACGAUGAUCAGCUGCGUGGAUGGAGUAGCCUAUUCGCAUCCCUGCAGCGCCGGGUCCACCUGCGCCGAGCUAGAGGUCUUCGGCGGCGGCGUCUGCUACCCCGAGAGGCCCGAGGAAUGCGCCUGUCCUGAGGCCAACACCUUCCGGGUCGACCACUAUGACUCCAAGAAGUUCUUCUACUGCAACGACUCUUGGUCUACGCCGGAGAUGUUCGAGUGCCCGGAAGAGACGGCCUUCGACGAGACGACGACCCAGUGCGUUAAUAAGGAAAAUCUUCCCGAAUGCGAACGGUCGGGGAUGUUCGCCAUCGCGAGCAACUGCAGCCAGUACUACACGUGCAUCGCAAGCAAGGAUGGCUGGAUCCAGAAGGCCCUCUCCUGCGACACGCCCGAUUUCAUGUACAACGAAGCGUCGGGCAGUUGCGAAGACCCAUGCAGCUGGGACGAGGGAGCGUUCUCGUGCCAGGCGGAGGGGCGCUUCCCCGACCCCAGGGACUGCCAGCGGUUCUUCGAGUGCAUCGCGGUCGGCGAUGGAUUUCGCGUUUUCUCCCGCGAGUGUCCCGCCGGGUACCAUUGGGAUAGUAUCAGCCAGGGGGUUGGACUUUGCACCAAGACAACCGACGGCUCUUCAUGCAAAGCAUUCACCCCAAAUAAAUGCGUUAUCCCUGAGAAUAUGUGCACUCAAGGCGGCGCUACCGGAGAAUCCUUAGUAGGUGAUGGAACAACACCUGCAGAGGAGACGCCAGCACCGCCUGCGCUGAGGAGGGCUACUCGCAGGGGGAACCGGCGGGUAUGAUGGCGAAAUGUGUUGGAUAAUUAUUAGUGAAAAUAACUAACCAGACUUUAGUGUUUAAUGAAUAUGUCCUUACAUCAAUAUGUUCAUGAAAUCAGAUCAAAUAAGAGUUGUUGUAAUUAAAGGAUUCUUUAACGCCCAAGAAAUAAAGUUAUAACAACUACCUGA